GUUAUAUUUGUUGUGUUUACUUACAGAAAUUUGUAAAUUACAUAAUUGAGUGAUUCAAUUCUGACUGUUACAUUUUUAAUUGCCAUUUACUGCUGUACAAUAGACAGAUAAAGGAAUGCCACUUCUCCACCGAAAGCUGUUUGUUCCAAAAACACCGCCUGAAGUUCCCGGUAAUGACCAUGAAGUUUUCUACUGUCCUCUUACCAAAGAAGCUUUCACUGAUUAUGAGGAGUUCUUUGAUCGAACCAUUCUGUGCAACAGUUUGGUAUGGAGUUGUUCAAUCACGGAGCGAGGGAACAUGACUUACCAGGAAGCACUUGAUUGUGAAGAAGAGGCAAGAAAAAAGUUCGAUAAGUUUCCUGAAGGUCUUCAGAAACCAAUGUUGCUUCUUGUAAACCUUAUUGCUCGAUCUAGAAUAGAAAUUCUGAAUGAUACGAUCUUUUCCUUUAUCAAGAAGCGGUACUUUGUUGGAGAAACACUGGAUGUCAAAGUCAAAACAAACAAAUUUGAAAUGUGUCGUAUUCUGGAUGUUAUUCCAAUCAAGAAAUCUAGUGACUCUGCAGAAGCAGGGAUGAGUAAUGGUCAUACAAAUGGCGAAUUGUCAACUGAUGAAGAUGAUGAUGAUAAACCACUUGCGAAAUUUAUAAAAGCGAGACCACUGGAACCGUUUGAAUUGAAAUAUCAAGUCAAACUUUCUUCUGCGAGUAUGCAUCCAAUCAGAGUAGUUCCAUGGACUGCAUUAAGGAGAAAGAUCAGACGAGAACAGUGCAAAAUCUUUUUGAAAAUGAUGUGUUUUCAAAAUAUGGAGAAUGGUAGAGUGUAUAUGGUGAAGGGAGACAUUGCUGAAAAAUUUGGAAUCAAAGAACUAAACUGGGAAGAUGUAUUUGCCGGUCCACCACCAGUAUUUGGCGGACAAUCUCCAAAAGUGAAAAAGAUGACAGAAAAAGUGGAAGAAAAAAAGACAGCAGAUAAAAAGGCAACGGAGAAAACAAAACUCGAAAUACUGAAAGCAAAACAAGAAAAACUGAAGGAAGAACUUCUACUGCAGGAAAUGAAAAAGCAAGAGAAGGAAAAUAGAUUGGAAAUGAAAAGGAAAGAAAUGGAGGAGGCAAGAAGGUUGAAACAGAUUGCAAAUGAACAACGAAAAAGAGAAUAUCGUGAUAAGAUUGAAAAAAUGAGAGAAGUAAAAAGAAAACUUGCUGAAUAUAAAAAACAGUGGAAUAAACAAAGGGAUGAUCUUGAAUGUGAAGAUCUCAAGGAAUUACCUUUACCUCAUAAGAUUGUAACUCAAAUUCCUCAUCAUUUGUUGGGAGAUGUUCUCAGUCUUCUGGAGUUCUUCCAUACUUUUGAAUCCCUUUUCGAUGCGAAGGAUGAGUUUCCAAAAGGAGUUUCAGUCAGUUUACUUGAAAAAGCUUUAAUGAAAGAAGAUCAAGACGGACCAUUAUGUGAUUUCCUAUUUUUCUUUUUAUCAAAUUUAUUCAGGACUCGAACAGAAGAGGAAGGAGAAACUUUAUACACAUUAGAAGCUGAAGAUAAAGAGUUAGCUGCCAAAGUGAAAGAGGAUCCAAGUAUGGACAAUUUGGUGGCAGCAGCAACAGUUAUUGCAACAUGGCCCAUAAAUUAUCAGGGAUGUUCCAUCAAUGAUCUUGAGUUGGACAGCUAUACUGUGUCUGAGAUUCUUCGUCUAUACCUUCUCACAACUGCUGCUCGUCCACCUUCUGAUAGUAGAUUAUGGAGAUUUCAACAAAGAGGGGGAUAUUGUGUUGCUGAUGAUACUGCUUUAAGAUUUUGUCUCAAUCGGCCAGAACUUGUUGAAAAAUUAUCAAACACAAGCAUUUUCAAUUUCACUCCAGAUGAAAAGCUUGAAAUAUUGAUGUGUCUUUCCAAUCAGCUUAUAUCAUACGUUACUCCAAGAGAUUUUCUUGAUGAACUGUCAGAAAAAUAUUUUGCUGCAUUGCAAGAUUAUAGAGAAGAUAGAAGAAGUGAGAAGAAAAGAGAAAAAGACUCUAUGCUCGAUAGACUAAAGUGGAAGAAUGCUCAAGAAAUUCAAAAUCGUGAAAUGAAAUUGAAACAAAUGAUGACGAAACUGGAUGAGAAUAACCCUAACGAAGGCAACAUUUCCAAAGUAAAUAAACAUCCUCAAAAGUUGGACGAAGAAUCAGAGGAACAGCCCAAACUCAUGUCAUUAAAGGAACAAAUGGAACACCUACGAAUGUUAGAUGAAGAUGAACAAGUGGCAAAAGAAGCUUGGGAAUUUCGACAAACUAAGCACCUCAAUGAUAUUGCACAACAUCAGAAAUUCAAAGUUUUAUGUCUUGGAGAGGACAGGUUUUUUCGCCGCUACUGGACUCUGAACUGUAUUUCUGGUAUCUUGGUUGAAGAGUAUGAGGAUGAAUAUUUAACAAAGGAUUUAUUAAGAGUCAAAGUACCUCAACGAGACACAGCUCAUCAAUCAUUUACACCAACACAAGUACAAAACAAUUCGACUGCUACAGAUGUUUCUAUGUCGAAAAAUAGUGAAAAUGCCACAGACACUCAAAACAACAGCAAUGGUCCGGUACCAGAUCAUGUUGUGGCCCAUAUUAACCUUGAGUCUUCUCUGUUGACCAAUCCCGUGACUAAUACUACAAUAAAUAGUUCUACCUCAACUUCUGUUCUAACCAGUACAGAUACUUCCACCAGUAAUAAUCCUUCAAAAGAAUUAUCAGAUGCUGGAACACAAGGUCACAAUUACAGAUGGUACAUUUAUACUGAAAAAGAGAAGAUAGAACAAUUACUGGCAUCAUUAAAUAAACGAGGUUUCAGGGAAUCAAAGCUGCAUGAUGCAAUAAAUCGUAUUAAAGAUAAAAUCUUCUCUAAUUUGGAUAAAUGUCCAAUUAAUGAGCUUUGUAAAUCUUCAAAAAACUCUGAUGUAAACAUAGAGUCUGAGUUUGCAAAAACUGCAAUUGAGCUUUCACUAAGAGAUCAACUACUUGAUCUGGAAUCAAGAAUAUUUGAAGGAACAUUAGGAGGGAUAAAGGAAGAAGAUGGGUUUCAGUGGGUUGAAAGGGUGACUCACAGAGGAACAUACAAUGAAGAGUUGCGAAAUUCACUAAUAAACACAGUGGAUACCAUCUAUGACAAACACAAAAUCAAAAUCGAACAUGAAGAAGGACAACAGCAGAAUAGUAAUAAUAAAAAUGAAGUGAUUUGUUGUCCCCACGUGGAAUUUUCUAUCAAAGCUGGCAUUAAAAAAGAUGAUUCUGUCAUUGAAUACGAGAAUGAUGACGAACAAAUGCAGGUUUCUGACGAUAGAACUAAACACCAAUCACACAGAGGAAAAAUCCAAGAUUUGUCCCUUGCACUACUACAGAUUGAACGAGGAAUUGACAGGAAAUAUUUGAAACCUCCAUUAGGUUACUCUGUUGACAUUUCACGAAGAAAAACAAGAUCCAAAGGACCAGCUGAGGAUUCUGAAAAGGAACUGGACGAAAAAAAGAAAGAAAGUAUCGAGAUGUUAAAGAGAUGGGAAUCUUCUCUGAUCAGUUCAACUUCUAUAUCACAGAUCUCACUACACUUGGCAACACUCAAUAAAUGCAUCAUAUGGGCACGUUCUGUAUUGAAUGCAUCAUGUCGCAUUUGUCACAGACGGGGUAAUGCUGAUAAGAUGUUGUUAUGUGAUUCAUGUGAUCGGGGACAUCAUAUGUACUGUUUAAAGCCUGCACUGAAGAAUGUUCCAUCUGGGGAUUGGUUUUGUCCGCAAUGCAAACCAAUACAUUCCAACCGCCUGACUCCAAGAAAAGUUCGAACAACCAGUUACUCACAACAGGUAAGUUCUGAGGAAGAAGAAGAUACAGAAGCUGAGGAAACAGAGGAAGAAGAUGAUGACGAUGAGGAAAACGAGGAAGAAAAUGAAGAAGAAGAAGAACAAGAGGAGAGUUCACAAGAUGAGGAAGACAUGGACGAACCUAGUCCUCUGAAACAAGGAAUCAAAUGCAAAUUUCCAUCAAAAAAUUCAAAAGUCACAUCAAGAGGAAAAAAAUCAAAAAACACUUCACCUGUUACAAAUUCAUCUAAAAGCAGGGGAAGGUCUUUUGGUCGAGGGUCAGAGAACUCAAAAACUUCUGCUGAUAUAUCAAGACGAGGUCGUAGUGCAAGUGAACGACGUAAAGCCAUGAAACGAAAUGCUUCAAAUGAAGAUGAUGGUGAUUUGGGUUCCUCAAACAGAAGACGAUCCACUGGUGUAUGGAAAGACUUGAACACUUGCCAGGAAUUAUUGAAGGAACUUAUUCAACACAAAGAUAGUUGGCCAUUUUUGAUGCCUGUCAGUAAGAAACAGGUUCCGGAUUAUUAUGACAUUAUUCCAAAUCCAAUGGAUUUUUCAACAAUGCAGAAUAAAUUGAAGAGUGUGAAGUAUCAAAGCCCAGCGGAGUUUAUCGUCGACGUAAAGCUGGUCUUUACCAAUUGCCUGACCUACAACAUGCCGCGAUCUGUGCAUGCCAAAGCUGCAGUUCAACUCGGCAACUUUUUUGAAAAGAAAUUACGAGAAACUGGUCUUGACCAAUACAAAAAAGAAAUUCAGGAAAAUCCACCAAACAAAAGAAGAAAAUCUUAAAUUUGAUAUAAAUCAUUUCAUAAAAGACAUGGUGAAAAGAUGGUUAGCUGCAGCCAAUGAUACACAUAUGUAUAUUACAAGAGUAAUCAAUGACUCUGAUUAUCAGAAUAAGAGAUUUCGAAGAAUGUGCCUUAAUAUUUGAAACUCUUAUCAUUAUUGCUGAUGUUAUGUGCACUAGUUUUUUCCAAAUCUUCAGAACUCUGGUUAUGAAUAGCUGUGAUGUCCAUGUAAUGUUAUAGUUGUAUAUUUUCAGCUUUUGAAAAAGGCAGUGAAGAAUUGAUGGAAAUUCGGGCACGAUUCUUAACACUAAACUAUAAUUGUAUAUUAUCUGAUGUCAAGUUGGUCAAUUAUGGGAUAUACUUUAAGUUUAUUAAUGAAUAGUCACGCUUAUGCUUCAUCCUCAAGGUGAUUUCAUUUCUAGUUUGCAUAACGGUUCAGUAUACAGCGUUUAUAUUUGGAUAAAACAGUUGGAAAAAGUUGUUAUCAAGCAGUUACAUAUAAAACAUAUAAAAAAAAACGAAGUGAAAUAAAAUUUCCAAAACAUACUUGUAUUCAUACUACCUAAAUUUCAGGAAGACAAAGUAGUUUUUGCAAUUGUAACUUCUAAAUGUUUCUACAUGACAUGGAGCUUGACACAUUUCUCUUGUAUGCUUAUGUAGAAUCUAAUAAGUCCAUAUUCAUUCUGGCUAUGUUCUUAUUUAUUUUUGUUCAUUUUUAUAAAUAGUGAUGAAAUGUCUGUUUUGUAUUUCAUGAUUUCGUGUUUCUGUGUUGAAAUUUGGUAUUUUCCAUUACUUUAUUUAUGAUUCAUUUUUUGACAAUUCUUCUGGCAAUUUCUGUUUGAGCAAUUUUACAAUGCGAACAAUAUGUAGUUGGGAUAACUGGUUAUUUCUCGAUUCCACAUAUUUACUGAUUAAUCAUUGUGCCUUCUAGUAAUGGGACAUAUAUCAUGGCUAUGCUUAUUCAAAUAUUCAGUCUUGUACAGCACAUUCCGGUUCAGCUUGUUUUCUGCAUAUUUCUUCCUACAUUCGGUCUAUUAAAUUUGUCAAUGCCACCCAAUUA